AUGCACCUCUUGCGGGUUCCUGCUUCAAGGGCCUACAUCCGGCUCUCAGCAUGUCGAGCUCUGCCUCCUCGAAUUCCGUCCUAUUUCCAGCCUCCUACUUCCUUUAGCCUAACUCGAAGCUAUGCCAAUAUCUCCCCCUCGCCAACUGCCUCCCAGAAUCUCACUGAGAAGAUUGUGCAGAAAUAUGCUGUGGGGCUUCCGGUUGGAAAGUUUCUUCGUUCCGGCGAUUACGUUUCGAUAAAGCCCCACCAUUGUAUGACACAUGACAACUCGUGGCCAGUGGCCCAGAAGUUCUUCUCUAUUGGAGCCACUAGGAUUCAUGAUAACCGUCAAGUGGUUAUGACACUCGAUCAUGAUGUUCAGAACAAAAGCGAAACAAAUCUUAGAAAGUAUCAGAACAUCGAGGAGCUAGCGAAGAGGAUGGGGGUGGACUUUUACGGUGCUGGUAGAGGAAUUGGUCAUCAAAUUCUUGUCGAGGAGGGGUAUGCUUGGCCGGGAACUCUCACGGUCGCUAGCGAUUCGCACAGCAAUAUGUAUGGCGGUAUCUCCUGCCUUGGUACCCCAAUUGUUCGAACGGACGCAGCGGCGAUAUGGGCCACGGGGCAAACAUGGUGGCAGAUUCCUCCAGUAGCUCGCGUGGAACUCAAAGGUGUUCUACCAAAAGGGGUCACCGGGAAGGAUGUAAUUGUGUCUUUGUGUGGUCUUUUCAACAACGACGAGGUUCUUAAUCAUGCUAUCGAGUUUGUUGGUUCGGAACAGACUUUAGAGUCGCUUAAAAUUGACGAUCGUUUGACCAUUGCAAAUAUGACCACCGAAUGGGGUGCCUUGAGCGGUAUCUUCCCAAUGGAUGAUGUACUCAAGGAUUGGAUGCUCCAGAAGGCUUCCAUGCAUGCCCAGCGACUUAGAAAUAGCUCACAUCCACGGCUUACGAACAAGAAAGUCGAAGAAUUUUUUGCACUUAAUACACUUUUAGCGAGUCCGGACGCCUCGUAUGCAAAGUCCUUAACUCUGGACCUAUCAACACUGUCACCAUAUGUCGCCGGCCCUAACUCCGUCAAGAUCUCUACGCCUCUUACGGAAUUAGAAGAAAAAAAGAUCGCAAUUCAAAAGGCGUAUCUAGUUUCAUGCACCAAUUCGCGCGCCUCGGAUAUUGCAGCAGCAGCUGAGGUUUUCAAAUCCAAUCCGUCGGCAAAGGUAGCUUCGGGAGUAGAUUUCUAUAUUGCCGCUGCAUCGACAUUGGAACAAGAAGCUGCGACCAAAGCUGGAGAUUGGGAUGCUCUCAUCAAUGCUGGUGCGAAAGCACUUCCAGCAGGCUGCGGUCCAUGUAUUGGCUUGGGAACCGGUCUCCUUGAGGAUGGAGAGGUCGGAAUAUCUGCAACCAACCGGAACUUUAAGGGAAGAAUGGGGUCGAAAGAAGCACUAGCAUACCUCGCCUCCCCAGAGGUCGUAGCAGCCAGCGCAAUGAAAGGAUUUAUCGCCGGCCCAGGAAACUAUACUGGACCCUCCUCUGCCGUGUCAAUAUCCUCCCCACCCCCACCAGCUUUGCCCUCAACCCAGUCAUCCAGCGCCCAGGAAGCAGAAACAGAGAUCCUUCCCGGCUUCCCCCCUCUAAUCGAAGGCGAAAUUAUCUUCUGUGACGCAGACAACAUCAACACCGAUGGAAUCUACCCAGGGAAGUACACUUACCAAGACAACAUCUCCCGUGAGCAAAUGGCACAGGUAUGCAUGGAGAACUAUGAUUCCACCUUUUCAAAUAUUUCGAGACCAAACGACAUAUUGGUCACUGGCUUCAACUUUGGCUGCGGAAGUAGUCGCGAACAGGCUGCUACCGCAAUAUUAGCUCGCUCGAUACAAUUGGUUGUAGCGGGGAGCUUCGGCAACAUAUUUAUGAGGAAUAGCAUCAAUAACUCGCUGAUGACCGUUGAACUACCCAAGCUGAUUGAGCGGUUGAGGGAGAAGUUCCCGAAAACGCUAACCAGGAGGACGGGGUGGUGGUUGCAGUGGGAUGUACGCAGGAGUAAGGUUAUAGUGCGGGAGGGGCCAGAGGAUGCAGAGCGGUGGAGUUUGGGUGUUGGGGAGUUGCCACCGAAUGUGCAGGAUGUGUUUGUCAAAGGGGGGUUGGAGAAGUGGGUAAAAGCCAGAUUGGAAUAG